CUGUUGCGCCUCCCGAAUCUUGCCCUCCUCAACCCUUGCAGACCACAACACCCCUCGCCGCUUUUGCUCAGGCGACCACCCGCGAAACACUUAGGGAGGUGACUAAAAUAGGUUUAGACUCGAUGGGCAGUGUCCUGGGCCCAGAAGAUGAUAAUUAGCAACUUUUCGCGAGGGAAGUGCUUGUACCAUGGCUGGGCCCAAAACUGGGACCGCCGAGGAGCACAUAAGUACUUGCCCUCCCACCUUGAGAAUCUGCUCGUAGGGCCUAGUUUAUGGCCAUCUCUACUAUCGGCUUCUUGACAUUUUUAAGAUUUUACUCUAUUAUUUCCGUCUAUCUUGAGCAGAUCGCCGCAUUAGCUCUUAGCUCUCUAGUUAGCUAGAUCCACUGACAUCAAUACGUCACCUAUUACAUCGGGGAAAUUUCAAAUCGAUUUUCUAUUUUUCUCACGCCGCCAAAGACAGCUGCCGAAGAUGGUCAGGAAAAGGACAGCAGAUGAGAGGAGAAGAUGCGCAGAAGAGAACGGAUUCAAUGACGACGACAUGGAUAUUGAUGACGAACCUGUCCUACGUGAGUAUUUUGCCAAGUUUAUAGCAAAGUCCGCUAAAGGUGUUCUGGACCCGGAGGGAAAGCCGACCGUUCAAAAC